ACAACUAUUCCUAAAUUUAAGACUGGGAGACCAGCUCUCAGAUUUCAUCUUUUCAUUCAAAAACUCUCUUUUAGGGAAAGGCUAGACCAAACGCGGCAUUUUUGCCUCGAAGCAUGUAGCCGAAAAAACUAUAGGGUAAAUAGAAUUGAAUAACACAUAUGGGAACUUCUUGUUUCAUAUAAUGAAUUGUGUGAGUAGUUAGGAGGGAACGAUACUAGUCUUACAACAUAGAUUUUCUCAGUUCCAUAUAAGCUUAAGAAAGAACCCAACAUCUUUAGCACCGCCCUUUGUGCGGCAACGACGAGCGCUCGCGUGACGUCAUUUUCUUAU